GAAGGCCAAAAUUUGCGGCUCUGAACGCUCUCAGUCUCAAGAAGAGUAUGGUCAUUGCUAGUGGUCGACACUCGGCGCUCGCUCUGGGCGGGCGUCUGAUCCAGCGUCAGUCAGUGGCACUCGUAAAGUCGAUGCAGACACGCUCGUUCUACACGGUGUUUGAAAAGUACCUGGAGGCGAACAAGCGCUACGGCUGGAAGGGCGCGUUGUGGAAACUCUACAAUCCAGGUGACGUCAAGUUCGGACGCUUUGUGGGCGAAGACGAGAACGGAUUCAAGUACUACGAGGACCCUACCGAAGUGUACGGACAGCACCGCUGGACUGAGUACAAGGUGGACUCGUGGGACGAGGUGGAAGGAACGCUCAUUGGUCCUCAAUGGCACCUGUGGAUGCACCACGUGACGGACUCACUUCCAGGUGAGGGCGGUCAACUUCCGGAGAACUGGGAGAAGCGUGAGACCGUGGCGCACUCGGACGCGCCCUAUGUUAACCACCUGGGCCAGGAUGUGCUGUACUACCCCAACAAGACCCUCUACCGCUCGCGUGGUUACAACGUGGGAAGUGUGGCUAUCAAUGCGGACGAGCCUGACCAGUACUACAUGCAGCCCGGACACCUGCGUCGCACACGCAAGCGUAAGGCGCACUACUUUGCCGACGUGGACUACAACAAUCCGGAAUACUCGGACGAGAGCCGCGCCGAUUCACUGCGUCCCGCCGACAUCAACUAAGGAGAGUGACAGACCAGCAUAAGGCAAUGAAAAAGGCACCCACACGAGAAAGUAGCAGUUGCGGCUGCCAUCCAAACGCCAAUAACGCAAGCUUUCGCUUCAUUUAUUAUGCCGCUUGACCUUCGUACCAAGCCCCUUUGCAUCCAAAAAAAAUCAUUAAGUAGUCCGACGAAGAAGCCGCGCACUUGUCAGCACAAGCGCACUGCUAAAUACAUACACUUGCGAGUCGUCAUGUUGACCUCUUGAAGCUAAAUGGCGAUCUCGCUGCAGCCGUCCUUGGCCUCCAAGUUCAUUGCGAUGAGCGAACCGGAGCGUGCCGUGUUGGCGCUGUCUGAAAACUCAGUCGACGCGCGUUCGGACGAAACAUCCUCACCGUAGUCGCUGUCGUCGGCACUUGAAAGCUGUUGCAGCAAGGGCAUCGAAGAGACGUACGCCGAGCCUCGAGCUGAUGUGGCCACACUGUCUCUGGUCGACGUAGACGAGAUCGACGACUCGGACAGGAACGAAGCGGUCGACAUGGCGUUCGGGUCUUCCACUGAACUCCGCGUCGACGCAGACGCCGACAUCUUCUCUCCCGACAAGUUCGGGAUCGUGUCAUACACAGAUCCUGUCCGCUUGCCACGGCCAGCUACAGGCGAGUCCGGACCCAUGCUUUCCUCAGAGGCACGGACAAUGGUCGGUGUCGGACGAGAUGCCGGCGCAGGUGCCGGUCGUGUCGGAAGUGGCGCCAAGAAACUGUGGUUGUCAUUGUCCGGUCCCAUGCUGACGUUCAUUUCGUUCUGACUGGCGGUGCUCUGUGUGAAGUCUGCGUGCAUCGCCAGGGGCGCUUGGUUGUGCGCGUUCAUGUCAACUUUGCCGUGUGCAUUUGUGGCCGUCACCAAUUCUGCGUACUCGUCCGGAGCCGAAAGUUUCCGGCCACGGGUCUGAUUGCUGGGUCCCCGGCCACUUGCUGUUGCUCCGUUGCCGAUCAAACCCGUAAGAUGGAACGUUGUACUGUCAUUACUGCGUGCCG